AUGGCGUCGAGUGGAGGAGAUGGAGAACCUGAGUGGACCGCAGCUGUACGACCGCUUUUAUCAGCAUCGUACACGGCUUUCGAAACGAAAGAGCUACCUCAGCUUGUAGGAUCCAUCAUAAACAGUGAAUCUGAGAUUCUGCACCAUGAUAAACAGUAUGAGCCAUUCUACUCGUCUUUUGUGGCUCUCUCUGCACAUUACAUCACCACAGUAUGUGGACAAAUCCCCAGAAAUCAGUUGCUGUCCGUAGCUGCAGCUUGUAAAGUAUUGAUUGAAUUCUCAUUGCUGCGGCUGGAGAACCCAGAUGAAGCAUGUGCUGUCUCACAGAAGCACCUGAUCCUCUUGAUAAAAGGCCUUUGCACUGGCUGCAGUCGACUGGACCGGACAGAAAUCAUCACCUUCACAGCGAUGAUGAAAUCUGCCAAACUCCCGCAAACUGUCAAAACUCUCUCUGAUGUGGAGGAUCAGAAAGAGUUGCCCUCUCCGGUUAACCCAGAGCUACGACAAAAAGAAGUGCAAAUGAAUUUUUUCAAUCAACUGACCUCAGUGUUUAACCCUGACAUCACCAUUCUGGCCUCUCCAACCGCACACAUGCAGGCCGAGAGUGAGUGUGAUGAUCAGAGCACGACAGAUCAGGCCACACAGGCCAAAAUGAAGAAUGCCUUCAUCUCCCAGAACGUCUCCAGUUUACAGGAAUUGGGGGGCUCAAAGAAGUUGCUGCGUGUUUGCCUCAACUUGCCCUACUUCUUACGCUACAUUAACCGGUUCCAAGAUGCCGUAUCAGCAAACUCCUUCUUCAUCAUGCCAGCGACUGUAGCAGAUGCCACUGCUGUCCGCAACGGAUUUCACUCACUGGUGAUUGAUGUGACUAUGGCCUUGGAUACACUCUCCCUGCCUGUGCUGGAGCCUUUGACUCCUGGGAGACUACUUGACGUGACUGUGUUAGCUUUGAGCUGCCUGUAUGCAGGUGUGAGUGUGGCCACUUGCAUGGCCAUUCUGCAGGUCGGCAGUGGCUUGCAGCUCCGCACGGCCUCCACGGGCUCAAAGGAGGAAGACUAUGAAAACGACGCUGCUACUAUUGUGCAGAAAUGUCUGGAAAUUUAUGACAUGAUUGGCCAGGCGAUCAGUAACUCGCGCAGAGCUGGAGGACAGCAUUAUCAGAAUUUCCAGCUGCUGGGUGCAUGGUGCCUGUUGAACAGCCUGUAUCUGAUUUUGAAUCUGAGCCCCACUGCUCUGGCUGAUAAGGGAAAGGAGAAGGAUCCCCUGGCAGCAUUGCGGGUCAGGGACAUUGCCUCUCGCACCAAAGAUGGAGCAGGGUCUCCUAAACUUGGCCCUGGGAAAGGGCACCAAGGCUUUGGGGUUUUGUCAGUCAUUCUAGCAAACCACGCAAUCAAACUGCUCACCUCGCUCUUCCAGGACUUACAAGUGGAAGCACUACAUAGGGGUUGUGCCAGUGAUGGUCCUCCUGCAGAGUUGAACAUCCUGGCUCAGAGCACAUCCAUCCAAAGGGUGCAGAGACUCAUCGACUCUGUACCACUCACUAACCUGCUCUUCACGCUGCUCUCCACCUCUUACAAAAAGGCCUGUGUGCUUCAGCGUCAGAGAAAAGGCUCGGUGAGCAGUGAUGCCAGCGCCUCCACUGACUCUAAUACCUACUAUGAGGAUGACUUCAGCAGUACAGAGGAAGAUAGCAGCCAAGCAGAGAGAAGACAGGAGAGGACAAGAGCAGCUUGUGUCUCAGGUCAGCAGCUCUCUGUCUUAGAUGAUGACAGUGAACCCAUUCUGGGUCUUUGGUUUGAGGAGACCAUUUCUCCCAGUAAAGAGAAGGUGGCACCCCCACCUCCUCCUCCUCCUCCACCUCUGGAAACUUCACCCCGCCUCAAAAGCCCCAGCAAGCAGACCACGGGAGAGAACGGCAACAUCCUGGCCAGCCGCAAGGACCCAGAGCUGUUCCUGAGUCUGGCCUCUAGUAUUCUAAACUUCAUCACCACCUCUAUGCUGAAAUCCAGAAACAAUUUCAUCAGGAACUACCUGAGUGUUUCUCUGACCGAGCAGCACAUGGCCACACUGGCCAGCAUCAUCAAAGACGUCGACAAGGAUGUCAAAGGUUCCUCUGAUGAAGAAUUUUCUUCAGCUCUGUAUCACUUUAACCAUUCUCUGGUAACGUCAGACCUGCCCUCUCCAGCUCUACAGGUGAGGAGCGGGCCUAACACUCUGCUGCAGCAGCUGGGUGUGGCUCCCUUCUCUGAGGGUCCCUGGCCCAUGUACAUCCAUCCCCAGUCACUGUCAGUGCUCUCCAGACUGUUGCUCAUCUGGCAGCACAAAGCCUGCCUGCAGGGAGACCCUGAUGUUCCUGAGUGUAUGAAGGUCUGGGAGAGGUUUGUGGGCACUCUGAAACAGCAAACAUUGCAUGGCACAGUACCAAGUGAGGAGGAUCUGAACGUGGAGCACCUCCAGCUUCUGCUGCUCAUCUUCCACAACCUAUCAGAGAAGGGCCGGAGAAAUGUUCUCACCCUCUGCACACAGGCCAUCGCUGAAGUGGCCACCCACGUAGACUCACAGCUGCAGGCCGUUCCCCUGAAUCUCGCCCGCAUUCUUCUAGUGUUUGAUUACUUGCUGCAUCAGUACUCCAAAGCUCCCAUGUACCUGUUUGAGCAGGUACAGUACAACUUGCUAACCCCCCCUGCGUCUGGGACCAGCUCUGGUCAGGAAGGGGGAAAACGAGGCACUCUCCCACUUUACUAUGGCUUCAAAGAGGUAGAGGAGAACUGGGCCAAACACUGCUCGACAGGUAGGAAUUCCACAGUGCAACCCAAAUUCUACUGCGUUCUGUCCCCUGAGGCAUCAGAGGAUGACAGAAGUCGACUUGACAGCAAGGUGUUCCAAGUGCUGUUCAGCGGAGCAGUUAAGUAUGACGACUUGUACUCGUCACUCAUCUCCCUGCUGUCGGCAGGCUCUCACUUUGACACAGCCAGGAGACAGGAAAACAAGCCCAUCGCUCCUGUCGAGGCAUGCUCCUUGCAGUACUACUUUCUGAUUCUCUGGAGGAUCCUGGGAGUUCUACCCCCAUCCAGAGCUUACAUUGAACAGCUGAAGAAUGGCAACAGUGACCCAAGUGAAAGUGAUAUUCUACACACCCUCCGCUGGUCAUCACGACUACGCGUCAGCACUUAUGUGAACUGGAUCAAGGAACACUUGGUGAAGCAGGGAAUGAAAGCGGACCACGCGACGUCUUUGAUCGAAAUGGCAUCAUCUAAGUGCAGCACAGUGAAGUAUGAUGUGGAACUUGCUGAGGAAUACAUUGCUAGACAGAUAUCAUCUUUUUGUAGCAUAGACCCCAACACCAUUCUGCCUCUUCACCACGUCCCAUCCCUGCAAACCAUCUACACCCUGGACGCUGUCAUUUCCAAAGUGCAAGUCUCUCUGGAUGAGCAUUUCUCGAAGGUGGCAGCCGAAAGUGACCCCCAGAAAUCAUCAGAGAUUACCAAAAACCUUCUGCCUGCCACACUUCAGCUCAUUGAUGUCUACACAGCUUUCACCAGGUCCUACCUGCUGAUGAGCCUCCCAGAGGAAGGAGAGAACAAACCCACUGAGGCCAAGCUUCAGGGCUACGCAGCCGUGCUGUCGAUUGGCUCCACACGCUGCAAAGCCAAUGUGCUUGGUCAGACAGUGAUGCAGAAUCUGCCGUCAGCUGUUCAGACCCUGUGUGAGACAUGGAACAAUAUCCACACUAACGAGUUUCCAAACAUUGGCUCAUGGCGAAAUGCUUUUGCCAAUGACACAAUCCCGUCAGAGAGCUACAUCAGUGCCAUCCAGGCAGCCCACUUAGGCACCCUCAGCAGCCAGUCCCUGCCUUUAGCCUCUUCCCUCAAACACAUCCUGCUUUCGCUAGUGCGUCUCACAGGAGACCUCAUUGUCACAGAGGAGCUGAACCCUCCCCAGGUGAUCGGCACAUUGCUGCCACUGCUUUUGGAGAGCAGCACAGAGAGUGUGGCUGAGAUCUGCAGCACGUCGCUGGAGAGGAUCCUGGGUCCCGCCGAGUCCGACGCCUUCCUCGCUCGUGUCUAUGAGCGCCUCAUCACCGGCUGCUACAACAUCAUCGCCAAUCACUCCGAUCCUAACAGUGGUCUGGAUGAAUCUGUGCUGGAGGAAUGUCUGCAGUAUCUGGAGAAGCAGCUGGAGAGCAGUCAAGUCCGUAAAGCUAUGGAGGAAUUCUUCUCCUACAGCGGUGAACUAGUACAGAUCAUGAUGGCAACAGCCAACGAAAAUCUAUCAGCAAAGUUCUGCAACAGAGUUCUGAAGUUCUUCACCAAGCUCUUUCAACUCACGGAGAAGAGCCCUAACCCCAGCCUGCUGUGUCUUUGUGGCUCUCUGGCCCAACUUGCUUGCGUGGAGCCAACAAGACUGCAAGCCUGGCUCACACGGAUGACUGCCUCUCCCCCCAAAGACUCCGACCAGCUCGACACAGUACAGGAGAACCGACAGCUGCUGCAGCUGCUCACUACCUACAUUGUACGUGACAACAGCCAAGUGGGAGAAGGGGUUAGCACAGUGCUGCUCAGCACACUCAUCCCUAUGGCAACAGAGAUGCUGGCCAAUGGGGAUGGAGCAGGCUUCCCUGAGCUUAUGGUUAUCAUGGCAACUCUGGCCAGUGCAGGACAAGGGGCAGGACACUUGCAGCUACACAGGGCUGCCAUCGACUGGCUAACAAGAUGUAAAAAAUAUUUGACCCAGAAGAAUGUUGUGGAGAAAGUGAGCGCAAAUGUGUCACAAGGCAAACAUGCCACCAUGCUGGAGUGUGCCUGUCACAUCAUCUCUUACCUGGCUGAUGUGAUGAAUGCUCUGAGACAGAGCAGUGGCCAAGGCUCGUCUCAGCUCCUGAUGGAAGGAGAGGAGAAGGCCAUUGAGGUGGACUCAGACUGGGUGGAGGAACUGGCCGUGGAGGAGGAAGACUCCCAGGCAGAAGACUCGGAUGAGGAUUCCCUUUGCAAUAAGCUAUGCACCUUCACAAUUACUCAGAAGGAAUUCAUGAACCAGCAUUGGUAUCACUGUCACACCUGUAAGAUGGUUGAUGGGGUAGGUGUGUGCACAGUGUGUGCCAAGGUCUGUCACAAAGACCACGAGAUCUCCUAUGCCAAAUACGGCUCUUUCUUCUGUGACUGCGGGGCCAAGGAGGAUGGCAGCUGCCAGGUGAGACCGAAUACUUCAGGUCAUCAUGGGAAAAGAACAACUGCGGCUCUGGUCAAAAGAAGCCCCAGCAGUGGUAUGAGCUCCACCAUGAAGGAGUCAUCAGCCUUCCAGAGCGAGCUGCGUAUGCCAGAGAGCGCCAUCCGCCAUCAGAGCUCCUCUCCGGCCGACAAAGGCAAAGUCACCAUCUGUGACGGCAAGAGCACAGACGAGGAGAAACCCAAGAAAAGCAGCGUCUGCAAGAACAUCGAGGGCUGCCGAGAGGACCUGUUGGCCCAAGUGUCUGGUUCCUCCACUGCUGCUGUGAUACUGGAGAUGCUGAUCUUUUUGAUGGAUGCCAUUCAGACCAAUUUCCAGCAGGCGUCUGCGGUGGGCAGCAGCAGUCGAGCUCAGCAUGCCCUGAAUGAGCUGCACACUCAGGACAAGAUCGUGGAGAUGACCGACCAGCUAAUGGUUCCCACCCUGGGCUCUCAGGAGGGAGCCUUUGAGAAUGUGAGGAUGAACUACAGUGGAGACCAGGGCCAGACCAUCCGACAACUCAUCAGUGCCCAUGUGCUGCGGCGUGUGGCCAUGUGUGUUCUAUCCUCUCCACAUGGCCGCAGACAACAUCUGGCUGUCAGCCACGAGAAGGGCAAGAUCACAGUGCUGCAGUUGUCUGCGCUGCUGAAGCAGGCUGACUCCAGUAAGAGGAAGCUGACCCUGACUCGCCUUGCCUCAGCUCCUGUGCCCUUCACUGUGCUCAGCCUGACUGGAAACCCCUGUAAUGAGGACUACCUGGCAGUAUGUGGACUCAAGGACUGCCAUGUUCUGACAUUCAGCAGUACAGGAUCAGUGUCAGAUCACCUGGUCUUGCACCCUCAGCUGGCCACUGGAAACUUCAUUAUCAAAGCCAUCUGGCUGCCUGGAUCUCAGACAGAACUAGCCAUCAUCACAGCCGAUUUUGUUAAGAUCUAUGACCUGUCUGUGGAUGCCUUGAGCCCCAUGUAUUACUUUUUGCUGCCGAGCUCCAAGAUCAGGGAUGCCACCUUCCUAUUCAACGAGGAAGGCAAGAACAUCAUCGUCAUCAUGUCCUCUGCCGGCUACAUGUACACUCAGGUGAUGGAUGAGUCCAGCAGUGCCCAGCAUGGACCUUUCUAUGUCACCAACGUGCUGGAGAUCAACCAUGAGGACCUAAAGGACAGUAACGGGCAGGUGGCCGGAGGAGGAGUGUCUGUGUACUACUCUCAUGUGCUGCAGAUGCUUUUCUUCAGCUACAGCCAGGGCAAAUCUUUUGCUGCCACUGUCAACCGCAGCAACAUGGAAACACAGAGACUGUUCACCAUAAACGUGAAAGGCUCUAACGGAGGAAGUAAAACAUCUCCGGCUCUUUGCCAGUGGUCUGAGGUGAUGAACCACCCAGGCCUGGUGUGCUGUGUGCAACAGACCACAGGAAUCCCACUGGUCAUCAUGGUCAAACCAGACACGUUCCUCAUCCAGGAGAUCAAAACCCUUCCUGCAAAGGCCAAGAUUCAGGACAUGGUUGCCAUCCGGCACACUGCUAGUAAUGAGCAGCAGCGCACCACUAUGAUCCUGCUGUGUGAGGACGGGAGCCUGCGGAUCUACAUGGCUAAUGUGGAAAACACAUCCUAUUGGCUCCAGCCCUCUCUACAGCCCAGCAGUGUCAUCAGCAUCAUGAAACCUGUUCGCAAACGGAAGGCAGCUGCUGCCACUACACGAACUUCCAGCCAGGUGACCUUCCCCGUCGACUUCUUUGAACACAAUCAGCAGCUGACUGAAAUUGAGUUUGGAGGCAAUGACCUGCUUCAGGUCUACAACGGACAGCAGAUCAAACAUCGCCUAAACUCCUCAGGGAUGUAUGUGGCCAACACUAAGCCUGGAGGUUUCACAAUAGAGGCUGUAAACAACAACAGUUCUAUGGUGAUGACUGGGAUGCGGGUACAGGUGGGCACUCAGGCCAUCGAGCGAGCGCCAUCAUAUAUCGAGAUCUUUGGGCGAACCAUGCAGAUGAAUUUGACCCGUUCUCGCUGGUUUGACUUCCCCUUCACCCGAGAGGAGGCUCUGCAGGCAGACAAGAAACUCUCCAUUUUCAUCGGUGCUUCCGUUGACCCCGCUGGAGUCACCAUGUUGGACUCCAUUAAGAUCUAUGGAAAAACCAAAGAGCAGUUUGGCUGGCCUGACGAGCCUCCGGAAGACUUCCCAUCCGCCUCCGUCAACAACGUGGGCAGCCCCAACCUCAACCAGGGCAACGGCACAGGAGAUAGCGACAUAACCACCCCCACUUCCACCAGUGGCACUGUGCUGGAAAGUUGUGAAACUGAGUCCUUAUCAACCUUGGACCGGUUGGUUGUCAGCUCACUGGAAGCUCUAGAGAGCUGCUUUGCUGUGGGCUCUACUGCCGAGAAGGAGAAAAAUAAAGCAGCAGCUCUGGAGUUAGCUACCCUUCUGUUAUCCAUGCCAACCCCUGCUGGAGUUCAGCAGCAGACUAAGGGUCUCCUGGCCAGCCUGCACACGAGCCGGACUGCUUACCACAACCACAAGGACCAGUCUUUGCUGAGCAAUGCAGUGCAGUGUCUGAACAGCUGUAGUAAGGAUGGCAAAGACCUGGACCCAGACGUGUUCCAAAGACUGGUCAUCACGGCCCGAUCCAUUGCCAUUAUGAGACCCAACAACCUGGUGCAUUUCACAGAAUCGAAAAUGCUUCAUGGAGACAUUGACAUAAGUGAGGACAGUAAGGAUGGACUGAAACAGGCAGAUGCUGAAGGAUGUAACUUUAUCAUGCAGUUAGUCAAUAACUUUUGGAAGCUUCAUGCCCUCAAACCCAAGAAUGCCUUCCUGGCCCCCGCCUGCCUCCCAGGUCUGACUCACAUUGAAGCUACAGUGAACGCUCUGGUGGACAUUAUUCAUGGAUACUGCACCUGUGAAUUAGACUACAUCAAUGUUGCCUCCAAAAUCUACAUGCAGAUGCUCCUGUGUCCUGACACCUCUGUAAGCUUUGCCUGCAAACAGGCGCUGAUUCGUGUCCUUCGACCGAGGAAUAAACGCAGACACGUCACCUUGCCAUCUCCUCCCCGCUCCAACACACCCAUGGGUGAUAAAGACGACGAUGAUGACGAUGACGCUGAUGACAAGAUGCAACCCUCAGUCAUGACUGGAGGGGAGAGUGGGAGGCAAGAGAGCCAGGAGCAAAAUGAGGUGGACCACGGGGAUUUUGAGAUGGUGUCAGAGUCCAUGGUCCUGGAGACUGCGGAGAACGCAAACAACGGCAACCCCUCCCCUCUGGAGGCCCUCCUGGCCGGAGCUGAGGGCUUCCCUCCCAUGCUCGACAUCCCUCCAGAUGCAGACGAUGAGACCAUGGUAGAGCUUGCCAUUGCUCUGAGUCUACAGCAAGAUCAGCAAGGUAGCAGCAGCAGUGCAUUGGGCCUACAGAGUCUAGGACUGUCUGGGCAGGCACCCAGCUCCUCCUCCCUGGACGCAGGAACCCUGUCAGACACCACAGCAUCGGCUCUGGUUAUGCUUUCAGCCCCAGCCUCGGAUGACGAGGGGAGCACAGCAGCCACAGACGGCUCCACGCUACGCACCUCUCCCGCCGAGCACGGGGGCAGCGUGGGCUCUGAGAGUGGGGGAAGUGCCAUCGACUCCGUCGCCGGAGACCACAAUGGACUGGGUUUGAUGGAGGCUUUGCGUGUUUCAGUGUCUGGGCGCAGUAGUGCGUACGGGGACACUGCAGUUGAAGGCCACCCUGCGGGGCCCGGCAGCGUGAGCUCCAGCACGGGCGCCAUCAGCACCACCACGGCCCAGCACGAAGGGGAGGGCUCAGAGGGAGAGGGCGAGAACGAGGGAGACAUUCACACCAGCAACAGACUGCACAUGGUACGUCUCAUGCUGUUGGAGAGACUCCUACAGCACCUCUCUCAGCUCCACAGUGUGGGUGGAGUACGCGCCAUCCCCUACAUGCAGGUGAUCCUCAUGCUGACUGCAGACCUGGACGGUGAGGAUGAGAAGGACAAGGGUGCACUGGAUGACCUGCUGGCCCAGCUUAUCGCUGAGCUGGGCAUGCACAAAAAGGAUGUGUCUAAGAAGAAUGAACGCAGUCCCGUUAAUGAAGUCCACCUGGUCAUCAUGAGACUGCUCAGUGUGUUUAUGUCCCGCACCAAGUCUGGAUCCAAGUCCUCCUCUGAGUCUUCAUCCCUCAUCUCUAACGCUACAGCCACAGCCUUGUUGAGUCUGGGUGCUAUAGACUAUUGCCUGCAUGUACUCAAGUCUCUGCUUGAGUUCUGGAAGACCCAACAGGGUGAAGAGGAGCCAGCAGUUGCCAGUCAGCUUCUCAAACCACACACCUCCUCCUCUCCCCCUGAUAUGAGCCCCUUCUUCCUGCGUCAGUAUGUCAAGGGUCACGCUGCUGAUGUGUUUGAGGCAUAUUCUCAGCUGCUCACUGAGAUGGUUUUGAGACUACCCUAUCAGAUUAAGAAAAUUGCCGAUGCCAACCCCCGUAUUCCACCCCCUAUCUUCGAUCACUCUUGGUUCUAUUUCCUGUCUGAGUACCUGAUGAUCCAGCAGACGCCUUUUGUGAGGAGGCAGGUGAGAAAGCUGUUACUCUUCAUCUGCGGCUCGAAGGAGAAGUACAGACAGCUGCGUGACCUUCACACUCUGGACUCUCAUGUGCGCAGCAUCAAAAAACUCCUCGAAGAGCAAGGCAUCUUCCUCAGAGGGGGUGUUGUCACGGCAACGUCCGGCUCUGCUUUACAGUAUGACACACUUAUCAGUCUGAUGGAGCACCUGAAAGCAUGUGCUGAAAUAGCCACCCAGAGAACAAUCAACUGGCAGAAAUUCUGCAUGAAGGACGAUUCGGUGCUGUACUUCUUGCUCCAGGUUAGUUUCCUGGUGGAUGAGGGAGUGUCCCCAGUCCUCCUACAGCUGCUGUCCUGUGCUCUGUGUGGAAGUAAAGUUAUGGCUGCCUCCUCUGGAGGCACAGGCGGAGGCUCUGGAGCCUCCCAGUCCUCCCAGAGCAAGUCCUCCAGCAAGAAGAGCAAGAAAGAGGACAAGGAGAAAGAGAAAGAGGGAGAGAGCACUGGCAGUCAGGAGGAUCAACUCUGCACUGCUCUGGUCAGUCAGCUCAACAAGUUUGCAGACAAAGAAACCCUGAUUCAGUUCCUGCGCUGCUUCCUUCUGGAGUCCAACUCUUCAGCUGUGCGUUGGCAAGCUCACUGCUUGGCCCUGCACAUCUACAGAAAUUCGAGCAAGUCCCAGCAGGAGUUGCUGUUGGAUCUGACCUGGGCGAUCUGGCCUGAACUCCCUGCCUACGGCCGAAAGGCGGCUCAGUUUGUGGACCUGCUCGGUUACUUCUCACUGAAGACACCUCAGACAGAGAAAAAGUUGAAGGAAUAUUCUCAAAAGGCUGUAGAGAUUCUUAGAGCCCAGAACCACAUCCUGACCAAUCACCCCAAUUCCAACAUUUACAACACACUCUCAGGGCUGGUGGAGUUUGAUGGCUUUUAUCUGGAGAGUGAUCCCUGUCUAGUGUGCAACAACCCUGAAGUGCCCUUCUCUAACAUCAAGCUUUCGUCGAUCAAAGUGGACACCCGCUACACCACCACCCAGCAGGUGGUCAAACUGAUUGGCAGCCACACCAUCAGCAAAGUCACUGUGAAGAUUGGAGAUCUGAAGCGAACAAAGAUGGUGCGCACCAUCAACCUCUACUAUAACAACAGGACAGUGCAGGCCAUAGUGGAGCUGAAGAAUAAACCUGCUCGCUGGCACAAAGCCAAGAAGGUGCAGCUGACCCCAGGGCAAACAGAGGUGAAGAUUGACCUUCCUCUACCCAUUGUGGCCUCUAACUUGAUGAUCGAGUUCUCUGACUUCUAUGAGAACUACCAGGCGUCCACUGAGACACUGCAGUGCCCACGCUGCAGCGCGUCGGUCCCGGCCAACCCAGGAGUCUGUGGCAACUGCGGAGAGAACGUUUACCAGUGCCACAAGUGCAGAUCUAUAAAUUAUGACGAGAAGGACCCUUUCCUAUGCAAUGCCUGUGGUUUCUGUAAAUACGCCCGCUUUGACUUCAUGUUGUACGCCAAGCCCUGCUGUGCUGUGGAUCCCAUAGAGAAUGAGGAGGACAGGAAAAAGGCUGUGACCAAUAUUAACACUCUGCUGGAUAAAGCAGACCGUGUGUACCACCAGCUCAUGGGCCACCGGCCCCAGUUAGAGAGUCUCUUGUCCAAAGUGAAUGAGGCAGCACCAGAGAAACCACAGGAUGAUACUGGUGCAGGAGGUGGGUUGGGCACCUCCUCUGCCAGUGUGAACAGAUACAUCCAGCAGUUGGCCCAGGAGUACAGUGGAGACUGCAAGACCUCCUUCGAUGAGCUCUCCAAAAUUAUACAGAAAGUUCUGGCGUCUCGUAAGGAGCUGCUUGAGUAUGACCUGCAGCAGCGUGAAGCGGCCACCAAGUCUUCCCGCUCUACCACCCAGCCCACCUUCACGGCCAGUCAGUACCGUGCCCUCUCUGUGCUGGGCUGCGGACACACAUCCUCUACAAAAUGUUACGGCUGUGCGUCUGCGGUCACGGGCCACUGCAUCACACUGCUCCGCGCCCUGGCCACCAACACGGCCAUCAGACAGAUCCUGGUGCUGCAGGGACUUAUCCGAGAGCUCUUUGAGUACAACCUUCGCCGCGGCACUGGGGCCAUGAGAGAGGAGGUCCGCCAGCUAGUCUGUCUGCUCACCAGAGAUAACCCUGAAGCCACUCAGCAGAUGAAUGACCUCAUCAUUGCCAAGGUGUCUGCAGCACUGAAGGGCCACUGGGCCAACCCUGAUCUGGUCAGUAGUCUGCAGUAUGAGAUGUUGCUCCUCACUGACUCCAUCGCUAAGGAGGGAGGAUGCUGGGAGCUGAGGCUGCGCUGUGCCCUCAGUCUGUUCUUAAUGGCAGUGAACAUAAAGACUCCUGUGGUGGUGGAGAAUAUUACUCUCAUGUGCCUGAGAAUCUUACAGAAACUCAUUAAACCCCCAGCACCCACCAGCAAGAAAAACAAGGAUGCUGCUGUUGAAUCCCUGACCACAGUGAAGCCAUACAGCAAUGAGAUUCAUGCCCAGGCUCAACUCUGGCUCAAAAAGGAUCCCAAAGCAUCUUAUGAGGCCUGGAAAAAGUGCCUUCCAGCUAGGUGUAAUAAAUUGUUGUCUUGGUCUGUUUCAGGUCAAGAGACAGUGUCAAAGCCUUUAAACAAGGCUGAGAUAAGGAGACAGUAUUUGAUGGAAAAGUAUGUUUGGAAAUGGAAGCAGUUCAUGAGAUCCAGAUCUGAGGGCUUGUUCCCUCGUCUGCUCAAACUGGGCCACAACAACUGGCUGCGUCAGGUCCUCUUCACGCCGGCCACCCAGGCGGCAAGGCAGGCUGCCUGCACCAUCGUGGAGGCCCUCACCACCAUACCCAGCCGCAAACAGCAAGUGCUGGAUCUCCUAACUAGUUACCUGGACGAGCUUAGCAUUGCAGGAGAGUGUGCUGCAGAGUAUUUGGCACUGUACCAGAAGCUUAUUAAACCUGCUCACUGGAAGGUGUACCUGGCCGCCAGGGGUGUACUUCCAUACAUUGGAAACCUCAUUACCAAGGAAAUUGCACACCUAUUGGCUCUGGAGGAGGCAACCCUGAGCACAGACCUGCAACAAGGGUAUGCUCUGAAGAGUCUGACUGGCCUCCUGUCCUCCUUUGUGGAGGUAGAGUCCAUUAAGCGUCACUUUAAGAGCCGGUUGGUGGGUACAGUGCUGAACGGCUACCUGUGUCUGAGAAAGCUGGUGGUACAGAGGACCAAACUAAUCGACGAGACUCAGGACAUGUUACUGGAGAUGCUGGAAGAUAUGACAACUGGUACGGAGUCAGAGACUAAGGCAUUCAUGGCGGUGUGCAUCGAGACGGCAAAACGAUACAACCUGGACGAUUACCGCACACCUGUGUUCAUCUUUGAGAGGCUGUGCAGCAUCAUCUACCCUGAGGAGAAUGAGGUUACUGAGUUCUUUGUGACGUUGGAGAAGGAUCCUCAGCAGGAAGACUUCCUACAGGGCCGAAUGCCAGGGAACCCAUACAGCAGUAAUGAGCCUGGCAUUGGUCCACUCAUGAGAGACAUCAAAAACAAGAUCUGUCAAGACUGUGACCUGGUGGCGCUGCUGGAAGACGACAGCGGCAUGGAGCUUCUCGUGAAUAACAAAAUCAUCAGUCUGGAUCUCUCCGUGGCUGAGGUUUAUAAGAAAGUCUGGUGUCCCACUAAUGAGGGUGAGCCAAUGAGGAUCAUUUACCGAAUGAGAGGCCUGCUGGGCGAUGCCACUGAGGAGUUUAUCGAGUCACUGGACUCCACCACAGAUGAAGAGGAAGAUGAUGAAGAGGUAUAUAAAAUGGCUGGAGUGAUGGCUCAGUGUGGUGGACUGGAAUGUAUGCUCAACAGACUGUCUGGAAUCAAGGACUUCAAACAGGGCAGACACCUUCUCACCGUUCUCCUGAAGCUUUUUAGUUACUGUGUUAAAGUGAAGAUCAACAGACAGCAGUUGGUCAAACCAGAGAUGAACACGCUCAACGUUAUGCUCGGCACUUUGAACCUGGCUCUAGUGGCUGAGCAGGAGAGCAAAGACAGCGGAGGAGCCUCGAUAGCAGAACAGGUGCUUAGCAUUAUGGAGAUCAUUCUGGAUGAAGCAAACGCUGAGACAGUAUCUGAAGACAAGGGCAACCUGUUGUUAACAGGGGACAAAGACCAGCUGGUAAUGCUGUUGGAUCAGAUCAACACGCCAUUUGUGCGCUCCAACCCCAGCGUCCUCCAGGGCCUGUUACGCAUUAUCCCUUAUCUGUCCUUCGGAGAGCUGGAGAAAAUGCACAUCCUGGUGGAACGCUUUAAACCCUGCUGCAACUUUGACAAGUAUGAUGAAGAGCACAGUGCAGAUGAUAAGGUCUUCCUGGACUGCUUCUGUAAAAUUGCAGCAGGGAUCAAGAAUAAUAGCAAUGGUCAUCAACUCAAAGACCUGAUUCUACAGAAGGGCAUCACUCAGAGUGCCCUGGACUACAUGAAAAAACAUAUCCCCAGCGCCAAAAAUCUGGAUGCAGAUGUUUGGAAAAAGUUCCUGUCCCGACCAGCUCUUCCCUUUAUCCUUAGACUGCUGCGCGGUCUUGCCGUGCAACAUCCCCCCACACAGAUGCUGAUUGGAACAGACUCCAUAACCAAUUUGCACAAGCUGGAACAGGUGUCCAGUGAUGAGGGCAUCGGCACUCUGGCUGAGAACCUUCUAGAAGCGCUGCGGGAGCAUGCUGAGGUGAACCUGAAGAUCGAUGCCGCUCGCAGGGAAACGCGGGCAGAAAAGAAACGCAUGGCCAUGGCGAUGAGGCAGAAAGCGCUGGGCACCCUCGGCAUGACGACCAAUGAGAAGGGUCAGGUGGUGACGAAGACCUCCCUGCUGAAACAGAUGGAGGAGCUGAUAGAGGAGCCCGGGUUAACCUGCUGUAUCUGCAGAGAAGGCUAUAAGUUUCAGCCGACAAAGGUCCUGGGCAUCUACACAUUCACAAAGCGUGUGGCGCUGGAGGAAUUUGAGAACAAACCCCGCAAGCAGCAGGGCUAUAGCACUGUGUCGCACUUUAACAUAGUCCACUAUGACUGUCACCUUGCUGCUGUCAGGCUGGCGCGUGGGCGUGAGGAAUGGGAGAGUGCCGCCCUACAGAAUGCCAACACCAAGUGCAAUGGGCUCCUACCUGUGUGGGGACCACAUGUACCUGAAUCUGCUUUUGCCACAUGCUUGGCAAGGCAUAACACAUAUCUGCAGGAAUGCACUGGACAGAGGGAACCCACGUACCAGCUCAACAUUCACGACACAAAACUGCUGUUCCUUCGCUUUGCUAUGGAACAGUCCUUCAGCGUGGACACAGGUGGAGGAGGACGCGAGAGCAACAUUCACCUCAUCCCCUACAUCAUCCACACUGUCCUCUACGUCUUAAACACCACGAGGGCUACGUCUAGGGAGGAGAAGAAUCUGCAGAGUUUCUUGGAGCAGCCAUGUGAGAAAUGGGUGGAGAGUUCCUAUGAGGUAGAGGGACCACACUAUUUCACAGUGCUAGCCUUGCACAUCCUGCCCCCGGAGCGCUGGAGGGCCACGCGCGUCGACAUCCUGCGCAGACUGCUCAUCACUGCACACGCACGCAAAGUCUCACCUGGAGGCGCCAACAAACUUACAGACAAAUCAGUGAAGGAAUAUGCAGUUUACCGCUCCCCACUUCUCUUCUGGGGCCUGGUGGACCUCAUCUAUGACAUGUUCAGGAAAGUGCCCACCAGUAACACAGAGGGAGGCUGGUCCUUCUCGCUGGCAGAGUAUGUACGGCACAAUGAUAUGCCCAUCUAUGAAGCCUCAGAAAGGGUACUGCGGGCUUUCCAGGACGAGCUCAUGCCUGCUGAAUCCUUCUCAGAGUUCCUGGAUGUCGUAGGACUUCUCUCAGACAUUCCGGACCCUGACGGCUUCUUGCAGGACCUGUUGAACUCUGUGCCCUGAUCGUAUUAAGUACUGCAGUUCACUGGACUUUGAUUGCUCUGCUCAGUGCAGGUGUCCCUAAACAUGCAGGCUGUCCACUGGACAAAGCUACAUGCUACUUCAAGGACACCUUUCAAUCGGGGCUUGGGCUCCCAAAAUUCUGUCAACUCACCCACACUCAUACUCACAAGUUCUGCUUCUAAUCUGCACCUGGGUUUGUUCUUCUACCGUGUCUUCAACUAUAACUCUCUUAAAACAGAAAUAAUAUGUGUAGUCUGACGAGUUAAUGCAUCUCUUACAAACGUUUCUGUAACAUCUAAUACACUGAAACACCCAUUCUGUGUCGUUUGGAUAUGUGGCAGGUGAUUAAAAAAAAAACACAGUUGAAGUUAAAAAAUGUAUAUGGGAAUUUGACUAUGUAAGAGCUUUUAUGACUUUUUGUGUUUUCCCUUUUUUUUUUUUUUUGUUUGAUUUUGAGUUAACUUCCAGAAUGACCGAGAGUUACUUCACAGGAGUGUGAACUAACCUCUUCAUGUCAUGCACUAUGUUUCUGGGCUUUUGCAGUGCUGUUUAACAAUCUGAUUGUAUUUUGUGAGAAAGGCAAGGCCUGAUGCUGGUUGAAGAAACAACGCGCAUUCGUAUAAGGAUACUUUUUCCUCUUAUUAUUAUUAUUGUUAUUAUUAUUAUCAAAAACAAAAUUAUUCAAAAAGAAAGAAAAAAAAGCUAAUUAACAUGUCUGGUUUGUCCCAUACAAAUGAAAUGCAUUCUGACCUGUAAAGAGUUUUACCUGCAUAAACAGUGAAUACUGAACAACUGUCAAGAUAAACGAAUAAAAGGGCCUGCAUCUUUA